UUCGGUUUCAAAACAGUGUAAAUGUAGGUGUAGGCUGAAGGGUGGUAUGGUGUAGGGCCUGGUGGGUGGAGGUGCUUUAAGGAUACCUUGUAGGUAUAGGAAUUAAGAAAAUGGCGAGGGAUGGCGACAAUUCUAAUGAAGUAUUUUCGAAUAUUAAUGAACGUCCUGUAGAUGAUAUUUCCCUUGAAUUUUUCUAUAAACCUCACACCAUAACGUUGCUUACUGUGUCAAUCGCUGCUGUAAUAUAUUCUGCAUUUACACGAGAUGAACAAGACAUGCAGAAUAACAUAAGAGCAGGGAUCUUGUGUGUUAUAUUCUUUUUCCUGAUAAUUUCCGUUUUGGCAUUCCCAAAUGGACCAUUUACAAGACCUCAUCCAGCUGUGUGGCGGAUGGUGUUUGGAAUGAGUGUGCUCUAUCUCCUUGCUCUACUGUUUAUAUUAUUUCAGAGUUACAAGACUGUAAAAUCAAUAAUUUUAUGGAUUGACCCUUCCUUAAAAGAUUUUCACAUAGACAUGGACAAGGAAUAUGGUGUUAAUUGCACGGAUGUAACAGUCGAGAGAAUAUGGAGUCACAUUGAUGUUUUUGCAGUGGGUCAUUAUUUCGGAUGGAUGUUCAAGGCUAUUCUUGUUAGACACCUUGGCAUUUUGUGGGCUAUUAGUGUUAUGUGGGAAUUUACUGAGAUAGCAUUUGCUCAUCUUCUACCAAACUUUAUUGAAUGCUGGUGGGAUGCUCUAAUAUUAGAUGUACUUGUGUGCAAUGGAUUGGGAAUUUGGUGUGGCUUGAAGAUUUGCAAGUAUCUGGAGAUGAGAGAGUAUAAAUGGGUUAGCAUAAGGGAUAUUCGAACAACUUCAGGGAAAAUAAAGCGUGCAGUUUUACAGUUCACACCUGGGAGUUGGAUGCAAGUUAGAUGGUUGGAUCCAUCUUGUACUUACAUGCGCUUCUUUGCUCUUUGCCAGCUUGUCAUUUUUUGGCAAGUCUCCGAGCUAAACACAUUUUUCCUUAAACACAUUUUUGAAAUGCCACCAUCCCACCCGAUUGUGGUUGUUCGACUUGUUCUUAUUGGUGUCUUUGUUGCACCGUCUGUUAGACAGUAUUAUAGUUACGUUACAAAUCCAUUGUGCAAACGUGUGGGAACACAGUGUUGGGUAUAUGGUGCUAUAAUGGUAACUGAGGCCAUUUUGUGCAUAAAGAAUGGCAAAGAGCUGUUUGAACGCACACAGGCAUUCAAUAUUGUCUUGUGGCUUCUACUGCAGCUGCUAACUUCUAUACUUUGCGUAUAUGGCUGUGUUCUGUGGCAUCGCUACAUACAGAAGGAAGAUGAAAUGUCAAGAGAAUCAUCUCCUUGCAAAACACCAGAUUCUGGGUUUGUUGAUCAGAAGCCUCACACAGAUGAUGUUCUCUUUACCGACGAGGCAUCAUUCUCCAACAAAGGAAUUGUCAAUAUGAGGAAUAUGCAUUAUUGGUCCGCAGGCAAUCCAAAAUGGCUCCGUCAGGUAGAGCAUCAACAUCCGUGGAAAGUUAAUGUUUGGUGUGGGAUUAUUGGAGAUACCAUUAUCGGGCCUUUCUUUAUAAAUGGCAUCCAAAAUGGCAGACAAUACUCCAGAUUUAUACGACACAAUCUUCCUGUUCUCUUGGACACCGUACCUCUGAACCGGAGAAUGGUCAUGUGGUAUCAGCAUGAUGGAUGCCCUGCACAUAACGCCUUACAAGCACGACGACUUCUGAACUGUAAGUUCCUUGGUAGGUGGAUUGGACGAGGUGGCGCAGUUAGGUGGCCUGCGCGAUCUCCGGACCUUACACCGCUGGAUUAUUUUCUUUGGGGAGCAGUGAAGGAUGCUGUUUACCAACAUGAACCAGCAACACCAGAGGACAUGAAGCAACGCAUGAUUGAUGCUUGUACAGCUAUCAAAGAGGAAACAGUAGCACGAAGUAGGGCAUCCUUCAUCCGCAGAGUGACCCUAUGUAUGCAAUCCAAUGGGCAUCACUUUGAGCAUGAGAUGUGAACGCUAUGUUUAGUGUGUCGUGCUGGUAUCACAGUGGAAGUUUCUACAAAGGGCCAUUUUACCCAGUGAUGUUAAGAAACUUUUGUUUGCAACAAUUUGUCAUUUAACGCAUUAGAUAAAC